AUGGCCGACCCAUCCCCCCGGGAAUCCCAAGUGUCGUUAGCGCCUGGGGAGUCGCAUCCAGACCAAAUCCAACCGGAACCACCUACGACAAAAGCCAGCACACGCCCCUCAGCUCGCGGGACGGCUUUCUACCAGCGGAAGCGGGCUGUCAGGGCGUGUCAGGUUUGCCGAGCACGGAGGACCAAGUGCGAUAAUCUCAAGCCAUCAUGCUCUUUCUGCUUGAAGGUUGGGGCUACGUGCAUACAGUCGCCUAUCGACCUUUCCAGCUUCGAUCCAGCAAGUCUCAAGAUCUUGGAGCGACUUGAUGACUUGGAGGAGCUUAUGAGAUCGGUGUCAGUCGAUGGGCCGUCCAACAAGACGAGAGUGGUAGAAGGCCCCGUUGAGCGCCGACUGGAAGAGCCACCUCAGGUGGGGCCUCCUAUUGAGCUUGGCAUGAUUCUUCCAUCAAAGCCGGAAGAUAUCAUGGGUUGGACCAUCUUCCAGAGCCUCGGUAAUGUCAUCGAUAGAGAUGAAACUGCGCUUAGCGCAGAUCAUGGCUCGGUGAUUGCCAGUUCUCCGGCUUCAGUGCUUGGUGCUCUGGAAGAACCACGCCAGGUGAACGGCCUCUUGGACAGCUUUUUCAACUAUGUCCACGUCAAGAAUCCCAUUCUCGACGAGACAGCGACGAGAAAAAUGGUAUCAAACACAGUAAUGCAAGGAGUGGAUUGGUCCUCUGAAUCCUGUUUAACUCUCCUGAUUUUUGCCCUGGGAUCCAUCGCCACUCCGUUUGGCCCGAGCCACGAGAAUAGGCCUGGAACCGAACCACACAACAAGGCCCAAUCACUCUUUCAAGCGGCCCAGAAAAGACUCGGUGUUCUUCUGUCAUCGGACGACAUUAUUGCGGCUCAAUGUCUCUUUUUGUCAGGCGUGUACAUGAUGUGCACAUUUCAACCCGUCAAGGCGUGGAGAUACUUUGUGCAGGCCCUUGCCAGCUGUCAACAAUUUCCUUUUCUUACCCCUGAAGCACAACAACGCUACCACAACAGCAUGAAAUCGGGAAACGAAUCGGAGAAUUAUUCCAUUGAUACUCUUCAACAGGCAGUCUACUGGUCGUCAUGGAAGUCAGAAAGAGAAAUGCGAGGGGAUCUCUACCUGCCUGACUUCUCACUCAGCGACAAGGAGCUCGCAUUUUACCCUCCUUUCUUUCCGACGCCGCCGACCGCCAGAGCAGAAGUUGAAGCCACACUCGAUCCACGCUUAACACGCGAAAGGACUUCUUGGUACUUCUAUCUCUCCGAGAUAUCCCUGCGCAGACUCGCGUCUCGGAUCAGCGCCGAGAUGGUGGGUCUGCAAAAAUUGCAUCCCACGCGCCAUGCAUACCUCACAGCAGCGGCAGCCGCAGUGCCGCAGUACGAAGAACAAGCUAAAGAGUGGAUCGGCUCGCUUCCACUCGGCUUGUCUUUUGAUGAGCCCCCUGAAGAGGACGAUGUGUGCAGAUUUGUCCUUCGGGGACAUGCCAUCAACCUCUUUGAACAGAUAUACUGGCCGUUUACGACUGCCUGCCUGGACAGCCUCAAAGCCAAUCCUAGUCUUCCAAGAGAAGCAAUCAGCGCAACAACCGUCGCUCUUGCCCAGAAAGGCCUUGAUAACCAUCUCUUCCGGCUGUUUGCAAACCAGCCGGGGUUCUAUCAUCGUCAUCACGGAACUCUGCCGAUGCUCCGCUCCUGUUCACGAAGUGCCCUGGUUCUCGUAGCUGCAGCGUUGGCUAUUCAUGCAGACGGUUCUCGCGGGGGAGAUUACCCUACCAUGGGUUUGGCCAUGCCUACGGGAUGGCGUACUGGCGUUGAGGGAAUGGUGGAUAUUCUAAACUUCUGGGAGGGGGAGUCACAUCAAGUUCAGAAAUUGCGGCGCUUUCUAGAACAAGGCUACGCAAUGAUCCCGGAGCUGUCACCAACAGCAUGUCGUCCCGGAUCAUAG